AUGUCACUUGCAAGACGAAAAUCUACAGCAGGUCUUGUGACUACAGAUUUAUACAGAGGACGAUGUGUUAGACCACGAACCAUCGCCCUCACAUAUGAUGAUAAUCCCAAUGAGGGGAUAUACGACCUCCUGUCGCUCUUGAAGAGCUAUAACGCAACAGCGACAUUCUUUCCAAAUGCCCCGCAUCAUUACAAUACGUUGAAACUGGAUAAAUACAUCCAUGAUGCACAUGAAGCUGGGCAUCAAAUUGGAAUCCAUACGUGGGACCAUAUCAACCUAGAUAAUGUUGGCCACAAAGAAGCUUUAGAUAAUAUUGAGAAGAUGAAUGCAUGGUUGCAUGAUGUAAUUGGGGUGCGAUCCAGUUUCGUCAGGCCCCCCUAUGGCGCAUGUGAAAUUGACUGCAGGAUGGCCUUGACUGGUGGUGGGUAUAGCAUUAUACAGUGGAAUAUGGACACAUUAGACUGGAUCUUCGGAACAGACGACAAGUUUGAGUCCAGCAUUGAGAUUAUCAAGCAUUGGGUAGACAAUCAGCCUGAAAUCGACAAGGACGACUAUGCAGGACCUAUAGUCUUGAUGCAUGGCCGAUACCAUACAAGCGCCACAGUCGUAACACAAUAUCUAUUAGAUCUCUUUACCUCUAAGGGUUUCAAAUUUGUGUCAAUUUCGGAAUGUCUGGGCUUUAAUAGAAAUUAG